CCGAGACAGAUCGGUUCUUUACACACACACAGAGUAUACCAAUCAGCUGUUCAGAACAGUCUUGUGAAUACAACAAACGAAUCCUCCUUCACCUUUUGGUUUCUUUUUCCUUUAAUUUCAUCUCUGCUAAACUCUCUCUGUUCUAGUUUUUAAUCUUCCAUAUCACCUGCCCCCCCUGUUUGGUUCCCCAGAAAUUCGAACGGAAAGGGGGAGAAACAAAGUCAUAUCUUUAGAUUGGAUUCGAAAUCACUACUGUCUGCUUUUUGAGAAGGUUACUUGUGUUGAGGGUUUUGGCUUUGUUGACUUUCGAUGUUAUACUUCUCAUCUGGCCUUCUAGGCGAGACGUAUUUGUUUUCUAGUCUUUACACUCUUAAUACGGAAAUCUGAUGGGAUUAGAUUUCUGUUGUUGGAUUUGUUUUCUUUCCCCCGAAUGACUGUAAUUUAGGGUUUAUUCAGGGAUUCGAUCCAAAUCGGGCUCCUUUUGAUGAGCAAAUAUGGUUUUUAAAUCUAAGAUAAAGUGGAUAGCGCUUUUUGUGCUGAUUUUGUCCGUUGCAUCCUUGGUUAUCCAUCUUUCCAUGACCAAGUUUUCAUCUGUUGAUUUAGUUCAGUAUAGCACAAUGGCUGGUCUAAUUCAGGAUUUGGCUUUACCGUUAGGGGCCCAGGCUUCUAGGAAUAAGAAGCUAUGGGGGAAUGUGAAGUCUCUGGAGCCAUUGCAGCCUUAUGCCAACCCAAGAAGCAGCUAUCCUGUCCCAAAUGAAAAGAACAACGGUUUCAUCUAUGCCAAAGUUUUUGGUGGAUUUGAGAGCAUAAGACCUUCGAUCUGUGAUCUUGUCACCAUAUCCAGGCUUCUAAAUGCUACUCUUGUCAUUCCAGAGAUUCAAGAAGCUCUUCGCUCAAAAGGCAUCAGUUAUAAAUUCAAGAGCUUCUCCUAUCUCUAUGAUGAGGAGCAUUUUAUAGCAUCUCUCCAAAAAGAUGUAAUAAUUGUGAAGAGCCUGCCUGAAAAUUUGAAGGGUGCAAGAAAAAGGAAUGAGUUCCCUACCUUUAAACCCAAAAGCUCUGCUUCUCCAGAUUUUUAUGUCAAUGAAAUUUUGCCAAAGUUAAAGAAAGCAAAGGUUAUUGGAUUGGUUCUUAAUAAAGGAGGAUGUUUGCAGUCAGUCCUUCCUUCUACUAUGUCCGAGUUUCAAAGGCUUAGAUGCAGAGUUGCGUUCCAUGCACUCCAAUUUCGACGAGAAAUUAAGUUACUGGGACGCCGGAUGGUGGAGAGGUUACGAGGAUUGGGCCGUCCUUUUUUAGCUUUUCAUCCUGGCUUGGUGAGGGACAAAUUGGCAUUUCAUGGCUGUGCUGAACUUUUUCAGGAUGUUCACACUGAACUGAUCCAGUAUCGGAGAGCACAGAUGAUCAAGCAAGGAAUUCUUAAAGAAGAACUAAGUGUAGUCUCACACUUACGGAGAGACAACGGUUCAUGUCCUCUCAUGCCUGAAGAGGUUGGAGUUCUUCUUAGAGCAUUGGGAUAUCCUCCCCAAACAAUUAUAUACCUGGCAGGUUCUGAAAUAUUUGGUGGUCAGCGUGUUCUAAUCCCCCUACGUGCUAUGUUUGCCAACUUAGUGGAUCACACUUCCUUAUGUAGCAAAAACGAAUUGUCUGAAUUAUUCGGCCCUGAAGCCCCUCUUCCUCUAGAUCUCUUUCAAAUGCCUCCUAUCAAAAGUGAAAAACAACUUAAGGAAGAAUGGAACAGAGCUGGACCUCGGCCACGACCUCUUCCACCACCUCCAGACAGACCCAUCUACCAACAUGAGAAAGAGGGCUGGUAUGGUUGGAUCACUGAGAAGGAUACAGAACCAGAUCCUUCACCUAUGGAUUUGCGAAUGCAAGCACACAGAUUAGUUUUGGAUGCACUUGAUUAUAUUGUUUCUGUGGAAGCUGAUGCAUUCUUUCCUGGUUUUAAUAAUGAUGGUAACGGAUGGCCAGAUUUCUCAAGUUUGGUCAUGGGACAAAGGCUAUAUGAAAGGGCUUCAUCUAGAACCUAUAGACCGGACAGGAAAGUAAUUCAAGAGCUACUUAACAUCACCCGUGAUAAUAUGUACCAUCCGAAGCGUAACUGGACUGUUUUGUUGAAGGAACAUCUCAACAAAAGCCUGGAUGAAGAUGGCCUCAUCAGGCAAUCUCUACUGUCAAAACGCAGUUCAUUUCUAUCGCACCCCCUCCCUGAAUGUUCUUGCAGAAUUUCAUCUAUUGGGCUAUCAAGAAGACGGAAAGAUGGUGAUGGACGAUUUCUGUAUGGAGGUGAAGAUGAGUGUCCAAAAUGGAUAUCAGCUGGAGCAGAAAGGGAUAAGAAUGAUGAUGUGGAGUCACUAGAAUAUGAAAGUGACUUGUCUGAUCAGCCCGAACCUGAUGAAGAUGCUGCCAAAAAUAGUGACAGUCUACCCUUUGAUCAUGAUGAUGAAUGGGAUCCUAAUGACUAGAAUUGGAUGUGGAUGAUGCUACUUCCUGUUUUUAUCUGCAGUGAAGCCAUUCAAUUUCCAGUAAUUUUGUUACAAAAGAGGAACUUUUUUUUCUUUUGUGGGGGUCAGCAACAUGAUGAGGUAAUUUUUUCCGUCUGUGUAGUUCGGCAUAGUUUUUUGAGGGGAGCAUUCAGAUUUAUUCUUUCUAGUUAAAUUCAAGGAAUUAUAAGUUACAGAUAACAGAAUAUAUUGUAUACAGUCAUACACCAUAUAUUUUGACCUUGACAAGAGUAGAGAAAUUUUUAUGUAGUAAGAGCAAGGUAAAGUUGACGAUUUUUCAUAUUGAGGAAACAUAGGGUUAGAAUGUCGGAUUGUCAUA